GUAUGCUGCUAAUCGAUCACGCAUAAAGUGUAACCAUAGUAUAAUCAUGACUGUAUCACGGGCUCAAAGGCUCAUUUUCGACCAAAUUAGUUUAGCCUUCCCUCAAGCUACAAUUUCAAUCUAAUCCCGCAACCCAGUCAUGGCCAAAGCUAAAAAGACCGGCUUGGAACGGAGAACAGAGGCUACAAACAGAAUUUCGACAUCCGAUGAAAAUCUUAAGGCUAUACUAGCCGAAAGUUACGAGGGAAAUGUCGACCCUUCCUCACAGCCAGUACCAUUGAUGAGAACUCCUGUACUCGAGGUCAUUCGAACUCUGCCUGAAUGCUUCAACAGCAUGAUUAACGAAUCGAUUGAGUUCGAGAUUGAUCGUGAACUGAACGCUCGGGAUUUAAUCGGAACCCUCGGAAGAAAGCUCGGAAUCUAUGACUAUCAGACUAACAUGGCGUCCUUUUGGCUCCUCGACGCAAUUGCUCUCGAAGUAGUUCGCUGGAGCUCAGAACUCAAUUCCUCAGAACUGGGUAUAUUAGUCAGCUGGAUUGCGGGGGAGGCAAAACUCAUUCAAGACAAGCAGCUCAGUCGGACGGAAUUCUUCCAGGAAAUGGCUCGAUUAUUUGCACUAGCAUCAGAUCAGAUAAUCGAAGGUCACUCAAUGAUUUACUGGGAAGAACUAACCGCCGUGGAAUCGUCAAGACGAAGUGAACAGGAAUCAAUGAACAAUGAACCGAGUUCUGUAAUUCAAACGUCAAACAGUUCUGUUGUCCUGAACGAUUCAGCAAACCACAAAAACGGGGAAAUAGCAAUGGUGCAGGCAUCAGCCGAUGGUGACAUUUUGAGGGGCCGAAAAAGCUUGAAUUCAAGCCAAACAGCUCGUUUGACGGUUGAAGGCUCGUUGAAAGUUCACGAAGCAAUAAUAGAGUCAACUUACGCAAUGUAUGCCAAUGCGUUUCACUACGCUACGGUGAGUGCAGCUUUUGCGAAGACAGUGGAACUCCACACAUACAAAUUCCCAUACACUCUACGUUUUCCGAGGCCAUUGGAGCCACCGAUUCCACCUCCAGUAAUUAAGGAAACAUCGAAGAAAAACAAGUCCGGGAAAAGUAAAGAGAAGAAGAAACGCAGGUCUCAAACACCCGACGAUAUUCCACCGCCCCCAGCCCCGUCAAUGACAGACGAGGAAAUAAUCGCUGAGAAGAGAAAGUUCAUCCUGCCACUCAAGGACUCCAUCGAGGCGCCUCGUCUUCUUGAACGGUAUGCAGAACGGCCGCCAAGCGAUAAUGCAAACACCAAUAUUGGCUCUGGUAAAAAGGGGGUUAAGGGUACAAAGGGAAAGCGUAAAUGAAACUACGCGAA